AUGGGAGCAGGGCAGGUGCUGCUCGUGCUCCUGGCCACCUCUGCAGUGAUGCCAUCGAAGGACCCGCUGCUGAACGUCUGCAUGGACGCCAAGCACCACAAAACCCAGCCUGGCCCCGAGGGGAUGCUGCAUGCCCAGUGCUCUCCCUGGAAGGACAACGCCUGCUGCACGGCCAACACCAGUGCAGAAGCCCACAAGGACCAGUCCAACCUGUACAACUUCAACUGGAACCACUGCGGGGUGAUGCCGCCCAAGUGCAAGCGCCACUUCAUCCAGGACACGUGUUUGUACGAGUGUUCCCCCAACCUGGGGCCCUGGAUCGACCAGGUUGACAGCAGCUGGCGUCGGGAGAGGAUUCUCCACGUGCCGCUCUGCAAGGAGGACUGUGAGGAGUGGUGGGAGGACUGCAAGGACUCCGUCACGUGCAAAGAGAACUGGCACAAGGGCUGGAACUGGGCGACAGGAACUAACCGCUGUCCUUGGGGCUCCAUGUGCAGACCCUUCAGCCACGUCUUCCCCCAACCCAAAGACCUGUGUGAGAAGAUCUGGUCCAACUCCUACAGAUACACCACGGAGCGCCGGGGCAGCGGGCGCUGCAUCCAGAUGUGGUUCGACCCUGCCCAAGGGAACCCCAACGUGGUUGUGGCCAAGUACUAUGCUUGGAAAAAGAGAUCCUCCCCUGCGUGGAUGGAGAGUGUGACUCCUGCGACCGACGCGGCCGUGGGUGCUCUGCCGUGGGCUGUCCUGGUCCUGCUGUCUCUGGUCCUUAUGGCCAUCUCUGUUCACCAGUAUGGCCAGCACUUUUGCCCUCUCAUUCACGUCUUCAUGGCCAACAUCUACCUGCUGGUCCUCCCCAUGCUGAACCCCAUCAUCUGCAGCAGAAAAACUGAAUGGAUCUGGAGGGGCAUCCUCAUUGUCCCGUUGCCCAG